AUGAAUUCCCCACUUUCAAGUAUUUUCACAUUUACCAGCCCUGCAGUCAAACGACUGUUAGGCUGGAAGCAAGGUGAUGAGGAGGAGAAAUGGGCUGAGAAGGCAGUAGAUUCUCUCGUUAAGAAACUAAAGAAAAGAAAAGGUGCAUUGGAAGACCUCGAGAAGGCCUUGUCUUGCAAGGAUCCUCAUACCAAGUGUGUGACCAUUCAGCGGUCAUUAGACGGGCGCCUGCAGGUGUCCCACAGAAAAGGUCUGCCGCACGUAAUCUACUGCCGAGUUUGGCGUUGGCCGGAUCUUCAGUCUCAUCAUGAACUGAAGCCGUUGGACUCGUGCGAGUAUCCGUUCAGCGCCAAACAGAAGGAGGUGUGCAUAAACCCUUACCACUACCGCCGUGUAGAAAGCCCAGUGCUACCUCCUGUGCUUGUUCCCAGAUACAGUGAGUAUCCAACUCACGGAGCUUUAACUCCAUUCCAGCAGAUUCCAGAACCAUCCAUGCCUCACAAUAUCACCUAUCCAUUCCCACCACAACAUUCUCCCCAGACGCCCAGUUCAGGCCCAGGUAGUCCUUUUGGUCUUCCAGCAGACACACCACCUCCAGCCUACCAAGCUCAUGAGGACAGCCAGAACAAUCAGAACGGACCCCAGCCCAUGGAAACUACUCACCAGCCGAAUCCGACACACGCAGGGCCCCCUGUUCCAAGCACAGCUUUUUCUCUGUCAAAACUUGGACACCCCAGAAUCACAGACAAGCAGGCUGUCAACUACCAGGAGCCCCAUUACUGGUGUAACAUUGUCUACUAUGAGUUGAAUAAUCGUGUGGGGGAGCAGUUCCAAGCUUCCUCCAACAGUAUCGUUGUCGACGGCUUCACUGAUCCCUCGCGGACCGAUCGCUUCUGCUUGGGUUUGCUGUCCAAUGUCAACAGAAACUCCACCAUUGAAAAUACACGGCGGCAUAUCGGAAGAGGUGUUCACCUGUAUUACGUGGGCGGUGAAGUGUAUGCUGAGUGUUUAAGCGACAGCAGCAUAUUUGUCCAGAGCCGCAACUGCAACUACUCACAUGGCUUCCAUCCCACCACUGUCUGCAAGAUUCCGCCAAACUGUAGUCUCAAGAUCUUCAACAACCAGGAAUUUGCUGCUUUGCUGUCACAGUCCGUGAACCACGGGUUCGAGGCUGUGUACGAACUGAACAAAAUGUGCAUUAUCCGAAUGAGCUUUGUCAAGGGCUGGGGAGCAGAGUACCACAGGCAGGACGUUACCUCCACCCCCUGCUGGAUCGAGCUGCAUUUAAACGGACCCCUACAAUGGCUGGAUAAGGUUCUCACCAGAUGGGAUCACCAAUGA